UCCACUUUCUCCUAGACCCUGUGAUCUAGCGAAUCCCCUGGACCUUGGGGUUUGUGAAUUAUACCAAAGUACACGCACAAUAAACACAUUUCCUGGCACUUCAGGCGUCUUGCUGGAACGUUUGCGUUGCUCGAUAGAAUUCCUGAACAAGUCCGACACAUGAAUAGAAUAGUUGGUAUCACAGAUAGGACAUGCAUUGAUUAUUUAAGGAUAGACAGAAACACCUUUGGGAGACUAUGUCGCCUCCUUCGAGAUCAGAUCGGCCUUAUAGACCAGAAAUUCAUGACGCUGGAAGAACAGGUGGCUAUGUUUUUGUGUCUAUUGUCUCAUCACGAGAAGACACGUAUUGUGGGCUUCAACUUUAUGCGAUCUUCUCAGACGGUUUCCCACUAUAUGCAUAUUGUUUUGUGUGGUAUGCUGCAACUCUACGAAGUCUUAUUAGUGAAACCUGAACCAAUCGACCAAGAUUGCGUUGACACAAGGUGGAAAUGGUUUCAGGGUUGUCUUGGUGCAUUAGAUGACACCUACAUAAAUGUUCGAGUGCCACUCGCAGACGCACUGAGGUACCGUACCAGAAAGGGCCAUAUAGCCACGAACACUCUAGCUGUGUAUGGCUGA